AUGCCAUCCAGAAGAAAAAAACAGAUGUUUGCAUCUGCCUGUUUUACUAGUAUUUGGUCUUUUGUGAUAAUCUGCCUUGUUCUUGCAAACAAAAACUGGGUCUCAAGUAAUGUUAACUUUACCGAAGGAAAUUCAAGUGCUAUUAUAACCGUCACAUAUGGGGUUUUUGAAGGUGUGUGCUCAAAGAAGGUGAUUGGUGGACUUGAAACGCCAGCAAAAAAUUUCCAAGUGACAGCGAAGCUGGAAAAGACAGAAAUGAAAAGUUUGAACGUUGUGAUUAUCUUGCUCCUGGUUCUCAGUUUGCUUAGCUCCCUUAUGAGUUCUGGAUUUACAUGCUGCAACACCAUAACUAAUCCCUACCAGACAUUUUUGGGACCCAUUGGAGUCUAUACAUGGAAUUCCCUGAGUGGCAUCUUCGUUCUUCUAACCAUGAUACUGUUUACAGCGAACGUAGAGGCAAACAAACUGUCUGUAGAGUUGGCUUUAAACUGUGUGUUUUCUUCAAGUCAAUAUAAAAACUCCAGAAACAGUUAUGAAUAUUCAUACUGGCUCAUGCUUCUUAUCAUUCUUUUGAAUGUUGCAACUAUCAUCAUCAUCAUCUUCUAUCACCGUGCAAGGUAUUCCAAAAGGAAGGAACAGGAAAGACCCAUUGAAAAUGCACCAAAAGAUGGUAUUUUAUUUUAGUGAAACCAGUUCUUUCAUUUAAAGGUGAUGUGGAAGAAAAUGGCACAUUAACAUGGACAAUCAUGACUGAUAAUUUAAAUGUAUAUUAUUGUUCACUUCAGUUGUUCAUUGUGCUGUAUGCCUAUCUUUAGUACUGAUUGAAUUCAUCUUCAUCAUUUUAGAUCUGUAUUUCCAUAUCAAAUUAUUUAUUGAUAAGGGCAUCCAUUAAAUGAAGUUGUAUAAUGAUCCCAAUGUGCACCAUUUGUCUGAGGGCCCUUUAAGAAUGAGCUUUGCAUAGCUCACCUUCCUGUCUCCUCCCCUGGGGGAGUCCCUAUGUGAAGGUAAGAUACAGCACAGUAAAGACCAGGACCUCUCAAUGGAUGGAACACAGUCCAGAACUGAGUUUUGAGGGGAUCCCCAUUGCACUGCUACUGGGUGAGUGGGCAGCACCAAAGUGUAAUGGGCACUAGGACACAGAUUUGAAAAGUGAAUGUAAGGAAACAUUCCAUCUUCCUGCUGCUGCUCCUUCAUUCCUACCCCAUUCUGCAUCCAAGCAAAUCCUGUUGCAGCCCUUCUCUCCCCAUCCAUGCAUCAUUCAGCAUAGCCAGUUUCCACCUCUUGCAGUCUGGCUUUUCUUGGCUGCAGAAUGGCCCACUAGGGGCUGUUUAACUUGCAGUGAGGGCUGAAUCAGCCCCAGGAUCAGAGUGGCCUGAAGCAGGGGUCGGCAA